GAUACAACAACGCUUGGAACAUAUACAGUCAUAACAGCGAGUCAGCGCUAAUAUGCAAUUUGUUGUAUUGUUUUGCGAUCGGCUGCACACACAAUACCGGGAAAAAUCUGUCAUGUAGUUUAUUUCGGUUCCUAGUCGAUGAUUCAGUAAGGAAGCGGUGGAUACAAAUAUGUAGACACAAAGUUAUGAAACCUGCUAAGCAGAAGCAUCUGCCUCAAAAGUACAUGUAGGAACCGAAGUUGAUACUACUACCAAUAUAACUGUACCAGACAACAAUGAAGUGCAUCUACAUGAUCACGAGUAUACAGCAUCAAACCCUCAGCAUGUAAAAAGCUUCCCUUGAAGACUUGGAUGUUGUAAACUUGCAGUGUGAAAUAUACCUACGUAAUUAUAGGAAAUUAUUCAUGACAAUUGGGAACAUCAUAAUUAAAAUACCCUUGAAAGGAAUCAUAGACACGGUUCUGAAUGUCCAUUCAACUAAAAUACCAAAGUCAGAAGAAUUGAAGAUUGCAAUGGAUGCAACAGAAGUGACAUUAUAUAACCAAAUUGAUAUGAAUAGCCAGUAUUUUGCUUACAUUAAUUACAAGAGUCGCCACAAAGAAAAGACUUUAAUGUGUAUUACACCUGAUGCAGCUUUUUUCCAAUCUGUAUGCUGAUGAAAGGUGAAGAUAACAAAUAGUGAUCAAUCUAAUAACUCCUACAAGCAAUACAAAAUAGAUAGUUGGGCAAACACGAACCCCUGGACACAGUAGAGGUGGGAUCAGGUGCCUAGGAGGAGUAAACAUCCCCUGUCGACCGGUCACACCCGACAAAUCUGAUUCGGUUUAUCGUGCUGUUACCAAUAUGCAUUUUUACCAUGAGAGUUGCACUUGCGCAGGACACAACACCCCUGGACGAAUGUUUUCACAAAUCAAAUUCACUUCAGAGAGAGAGUGGAACAUUUCAUAAUUUGAUUAAAAAAGGAACCAAUGUGAUAUUCAUGGACUUGGUGUUUUCUCAGAGAGCUAAUACAGACAAUGCUGAAUUCUUUGAGCGACAAACAGAACAGCGUUGGGUAUGGAUAGGAAAGAAGUACCAAUAUGUCCUGGAGUACACAGAGGAUGUAGACGUGUACAGCUUUGGCCUUUUGAAAGCUAAACAAGAGUCGCUCAGUGUCAAUAUAUCCAUCGGCAGCUUUUCAGAAGUUUGUAAAUCAAAGUUUGAUAUUUACCUUUCACAAUACCUGCUACUCAUGAUAGAUGAGAACACGACCCAUAUUUUUAAAGUACCAGAUGGAUACAUUUGUCAUUCAAACGUUAUUGCCGAUAAAAUACGAGAUUUUGUAAGUGAUAUAUCGGGCGUUCAGAUUGGAUAUGAUUUUAUGUGCAUCGCGGAUGAUAAAGAGAAAUUUCUACGGUUGGAAAAUCCUCUAUAAAUAUCAUUGUCAUUGUUAUAAUUAUGUUGGUGUAUUCUUUCUACCCGUUUAUUAUAGAGUUAUCGUUUUAUGUACGAGAUACAGAAAACAGAUUAGAAAUGUACUACAUGUCUGACUCGCCUUACAGCCCUGCCAGAUUUUGUAGGUGUUUGAUCUUUACCGGGAACAACAAGUACUACGCAGCAAUACGCAUUAUACUUUUAAUUACCAUCGUUACGUCAUUUGUAUAUUUACUUAAAUCACAAGUAUAUGAGCAAUGCAACUGCUCUAUGAAAUCCUCAAACAUAGAACAGGAUUUUCAACAUGCUGAAAACUACUACACCACCUUAACUAAUAUCGUGUUGCUCGUCUGGGGUGUUGUCAAUUUCUUUCUUCUCAAUGUAGCAUUGUUAUUAAACUCUGAUGGUGUAUUUGACGCUUUCUUAAUCUUUGACAUUACUGGAUUAUGUAAUGGUGAUUUCUUCCUAAGACUAAUACCAGUCGCUGUCUUCCUAAAGGAUCAUAAAAAACAAAGGACUUCGUUAAAAAUCCAAAAGUUAUCGCUGAUUUUAACCUACAAGUUUUGGUCCAAGAUUUUCUUCAUUAACAGCAUUACCUCCAGUUGUAAAUGUCGUCUCGUGCGAUACAUCAUUACAUUUUCUAUAAACGUUAUACUGAUCUUGUGUAGUACGUUCUGUCCUUUGGUUUGCAUUCUUCAUGCGUUUUAUGUAAGAUUCAUUUCGUUGGUGGGUAUGUGUAUAUUUUCCUCUCAUAUGAGCAAGAUUUCAGAAACUAAGCCUUGCAUUACUUGGAUUCUUCAAUUCAUUGGCAAUAUUUUCAUACAUGGAGGGGCUCUGGCCUACAUAAUCACUUCUUACAUUUAUGCAUUCAAUAUUUUCUUUUACGGUAUUAGUUAUCUUAUUCAGUUUUGUAUAUACACUACGCUUUUAGCUGUACCUCAUUUUUCUGUAGAAAAAUUUAUAUAUGUUAUAUACCUGACUUCUCUUGUGCUAUACAUUUGUCGCUAUAUCUAUCAAUUUACAAAACUGUACAAAAAUCUAUUAAAAGAGGUCCUUGAUCUUACAGAGGAUAAAUGCAUUCCUGUUAAAUGUUUCAAGGAAAUUGUUGAUAAGUAUUUUCCUCUUAGAAGAGAGGUGUUCUUUCUGUUUAUAAAGAUAAUAUCAUCGGUUUUAUUUUUUCUUAUAAUAUUUGAUACCAUGCAGAGAGUCGGAUAUGUAAACACUGGAGCCCAACCAGAUUUGACUACAUUUAUAACACUUCUCUUCCUUUUUGGACCUCCGCGAAUUGUUGAAAUCCUGCUUGUAACCGAGUUUACAAGCAGAGUCCAUAUGAAGCAUUUAGAAAUAAAGGAAAUUGUCGAAGGAAUGCGAAAUGCAAUGAAUGACAACUCUAAUACGACAGUUGAUAUUUUAUCAGAACCAGAAAUUAGCCAAUGUACGUUUUGUAAUUGUAUAUAUAAAAAAUGUAAAACAAAUUUUGAACAUCCUAAAAUAAAUGCUCCAAAACAAUCUGACAAUGAAUUGGACAACAACGGAGGUACAGAAAGUGUGACAUGUGAAAGGUGUGGGCAAAACAUAUGUUGUUUCGAAGAUGGUCAAAAUUGUUGUCGGUGUUGUUGUUCUUGUUGUUCUUGUUGUUCUUCUUGUUGUUGUUGUUACUGUGUACUUCGUUUCAUAUAUACACUCUGUUGUGCGUGUAUAUGUCCAGGUCAUUUGAAUAAAUGUGUGUGUUUGAUAUCUAAAGUAAAAACGAAAAAGGAAGUUAAUUCAAUCGACGUCGAAACUUAUCCUUUUGAAAUUGAAUGUUGCUGCAUCCUACUACCUGAGAAUCAAGAGGACACCAAUCCUAUCACUCAGGAGGACACCAAUCCUAUCACUCAGGACACCAAUCCUAAAACUCGAGAGGACACCAAUCCUAAAACUUCAGAGGACACCAAUCGUAAAACUCUAGAGGACACCAAUCUUAUUACUCAGGACACCAAUCCCAUCAAUCAGGAGGACACCAAUCUUAUUACUCAGGAGGACACCAAUUCUAUCACUCAGGACACCAAUUAUAUCGCUCUAGAGGAUAUCGCUCUUCUUAAGACUGAAGAGGACACCGAUGUAGAGGAUACUCUACUAUAAACUCAAUAAGACACUAAACCAUUUAAUUUGAUUUAAUUUAAUUUAAUUGAUAGGACACCAAUCCUAACACUCAAGAGGAGAUCAACGAAUUUUGCUUGUAAUGUCAUACAUAUGUAUCUACGUCUCCAGAAUGAAGUUUUGAGACUUGUUGAUUUUACUCGGUCCUUUUUCUUCCGUUUGUUCUGCUUCUUUCUCGUGUCUAAAACUGU